UGCCGCUAAUGGCAUGGUGAGAUGUGUUGAAGAGCGGCUGCGAGGGCGUCUGACGGCAAGGGGACUGCUCUAGGAGCUGGGCUCACAACAUCAUGGGCCAGUGUGUCACCAAGUGCAAGAAUCCUUCUUCUACCCUUGGCAGCAAGAAUGGGGAAAGGGAAUCCGGAGGCAAGUCACAUAGUAAGAGAAGUGCAGUCCACAAAGAUGACCACGGUUCAGCUUGCGGGAAGUCUUCAGGUGAUAUCCUUGUGAAUGGGACAAAGAAAACGGAUGCUGCUGUAGAAUCCUGUCAGCCUCCAAUGUUUUCUGGAGACACAAAGAAAGACUCUGUUUCCAGCACAGAGGAAUCCUCGCUUCAAAGGAUCGGGGAGUUGUUUAGGAGGUAUAAGGACGAACGGGAAGAUGCCAUCCUGGAAGAAGGAAUGGAACGAUUUUGCAAUGACCUCUGUGUUGAUCCCACUGAAUUUAAAGUGCUAGUUUUGGCUUGGAAAUUCCAGGCUGCUACCAUGUGCAAAUUUACAAGGAAGGAGUUUUUUGAAGGCUGCAAAGCAAUAAACGCAGACAGCAUCGAUGGCAUUUGUGCGAGGUUCCCCAACCUCUUAAAGGAAGCCAAGCAGGAAGAUAAAUUCAAGGAUCUCUAUCGUUUCACCUUCCAGUUUGGCCUGGACUCUGAAGAAGGACAAAGGUCGCUACAUCGGGAAAUAGCCAUUGCCCUUUGGAAAUUAGUCUUCACCCAAAACAAGCCCCCCAUUUUGGACCAGUGGUUACACUUCCUAAUUGAGAACCCCUCAGGAAUCAAGGGAAUCUCCCGGGACACGUGGAACAUGUUUCUAAAUUUUACUCAGGUGAUCGGACCAGACCUUAGCAACUACAGCGAGGACGAGGCCUGGCCGAGUCUCUUCGACACCUUUGUGGAGUGGGAAAUGGAGCGAAGGAAAAAGGAAGAGGAAACCAAAUGUAUUACAUCUUUGGACACAGAGGGCCUGUGUGUGGAGGAACAGACUUAGUGGCAUGGAAGCAGCAGUGACAAAAGCAACCUGUUGCCCUUCAUGAAACGUAAACUCUGGGUGUUUCUGGAAAUUGCCGAGGCUCCAGAUUUUUCUACUUUACACCUAUUUCUGCCUUGUCUUUGAAAGGGCUCUAAAAUGCUGUAUCAUGUUUUAGGCACUUUCUUAAUUUUGGUUAUUCCUUUUCCUCUUGCCCUGAAAUAUUUAACCCUGGCUACAAGUUAAAUG